GACCUUCGAUUACGUCGGACAAACCACCUAACCCAACGCCUCCUCCUCGCCGUUUAAAUACAGGGCGAAAAAAUUGCUGGGAAUUGAAAAGCGUGGGAAGCAAAUUAGAGUGAAGAAAACAAAAGAGAUGUGUUACAAGGUGGAAUGCAAAGCGUGCGGGAAAACAGGGUGGGGAGGCUGUGGGAAACACCUCGUCCCGCUCUACAACGGCAUCCAGAAGGGCAGCCACUGCCUCUGCCGCUCUUGGCCCGGCGUCGUCGCCGUCGCUCCAGUUCCCAGCUCCGCUUCGCUUGAGCAACCGGCCAGCAACCAGCUGAAAGAUGUCGACCAACCGCCGCCGCCGCCGCCGCCUGCAGCGGGCUCCGCCUCUGGCUCCGUCGCUACGGCCACCGCAGGUUCAGCUGGGGCCGAAGUUAAAAUAGCUUAGAGAAAUUGUCAUUUUGUGUGGCGUUUCUCAUAUAAUACGAUGAUGAUCAAUUAGUGUUUGAUUGUUGGAACUUGGAAGAACAAACAACAAAUGAUGGAUGUGUAAUAAGAGAUGUGGGGAAAUUUGUGG